GAAACUUCAAACCCAACAAGACAUUAAGACGAUUUUCACAGCGUUUCUCAUUUCUCCUAUUAAUCUGUUCAUUGAUUUCAAAGCGGAAUAGCACGGAAUCAAGAAGAAAAUGAUCAUUCCGAUUCGAUGCUUUUCGUGCGGAAAGGUUGUCGGGGAUCUGUGGGAGCGUUAUUUGCAGCUGCUGGACGAGGGAAUCCCAGAUGGUGAUGCAAUGGACCAGUUGGGUUGCAAGCGAUAUUGCUGUCGCCGAAUGAUAAUGACCCAUGUUGAUUUGAUUGAGAAAUUACUUCGCUACAACCCGGCUGAAAGAGACCGUGCGAAAGCUCAAAUAUAAAUUCGGACCCAAACGGAGAAGACGACGGGAAAUAACCACGCCAAACACUCGGGAACUUUCCUGCAAUCAAUCAAAUUGAUGUAUCACCAAAUAGUCAGCCGGAUUAUGAUUGAACUCGGCAGCGCAGCCCGUCCCAUACUCAGUUACUAGGACGUCCAAAGUGAUUUGUCGGGCCUUGGUUGCACUGUGAUAGCAUAAGACAAUGAUUCGAUGCCGUAUUAUCAAGUCAUUGGAAACGGUUCCAAUGAAUGAAUCACUGCUCUUGGCACAGCGUUGGUUAUUUUCGGGACACAGAGCGCUUCAAAGAAUACGCAUACAAGCGUCGUUUGCUACAUUGGAAUUUUCUUUCUUGGCGUUAGGGUGAGGGUUCCUGUACAUCUAUGACCACGUUUUACUUUCAUCACAGA